AUGAUAAGUUCAUAAUUUUAAUAGGAAGUUUUUGAAAAAAUACAAUAAGAUUCUGAAAAUUAGUUUUGUUUCGAGUGUGGAAACAAAUCUAAUGCUUGGGCUUCUGUAAACAAUGGUAUUUUCUUGUGCUUAAACUGCUCUGGAGUUCAUAGAGGAUUUGGCGUUAAUGUUUCAUUUAUUAGAUCAGUUGAUAUGGAUUCAUGGUCAUAAUCUCAACUCAAUUUAAUGCUUUAAGGAGGAAAUGCAAAAUUAAGAAAAUUCUUUGAAAAGUAUAACCUUCCUAAAGAUGCUCCUAUGGAUUUUAAAUACAAAACCAAAGCUGGCAUUUAUUAUAGAGAAAUGCUUAAGUGUAUUGCAGAUGGUAAUCCUAUACCUGAACCACCAUCAUAAGAAGAAGCCCUAGAAUUAGUUUCAUUUUAAAAUCCAAAUUUCUUAAAUAAUAUGAAAAAUAAUUAAGGAAUAAGUAAUUCUUCUUAACAAAGCAAUCAAGAAAAGGACGAAAUAGGUCAAGCAGUUGAUUAAGUUAAAAACUUCUUUUCUGUAGCUUAUCAAAAGACAGCUGAAGCAACUAAAGCUGCUUAUAAAAAAGCUGAUGAAAAAUAUCAUGAUCCUGAUUUCUAACAAAAGUUAUAAUCGACAAAAGAAAAGAGUGCAGAAGUUGCUAAAAAAGGCUAUGAAACAGUCAAAAAAGGUUUAUUUGGUGCUUUCAGUUUUAUUAAGAACAAAGUUGAUUCACUUUCAGAAGAUUAAAAAUAAAAUUAGGGUCAUUAGUAGUAGUAAUAAUAAUAAUAUAAUCCAUAAAAUCACGAUUUAAAUUGA